CGGAGCCAAAAUGUCUAUGGCCAGUGAUUUCUACCUGCGCUACUACGUGGGACACAAGGGCAAGUUUGGACACGAGUUUUUGGAGUUCGAGUUCCGGCCGGAUGGAAAGCUUAGAUAUGCCAACAACAGCAAUUAUAAAAAUGAUGUCAUGAUCAGAAAAGAGGCUUAUGUACACAAAAGUGUAAUGGAAGAACUGAAAAGAAUUAUUGAUGACAGUGAAAUUACGAAAGAAGAUGAUGCUCUGUGGCCUCCCCCUGAUAGGGUUGGUCGACAGGAGCUUGGAAUUGUAAUUGGGGAUGAACAUAUUUCUUUUACCACAUCAAAAAUAGGUUCUCUUAUUGAUGUAAACCAGUCUAAGAAUCCUGAAGGAAUUCGAGUAUUUUAUUAUUUGGUACAGGACCUGAAAUGUUUAGUUUUUAGUCUUAUUGGAUUACAUUUCAAGAUCAAACCUAUCUAA